AUGAACUUAAUCUUACAUCACAAUCCGUAUUGGAGGGUCUCAAUUCUUGUUUAGACCAUCGUGAAUCGAUAUACGUUCCAGAACUGGACAAGGAGUUCUUUUGUGCUCAAGGAUUCCGCGUUUUUGGUGCACAAAAUCCUAUGUAUCAAGGUGGUGGUAGAAAAGGCCUCCCUAGAUCAUUUAUUAAUCGAUUCACACAAGUUUAUAUUGAACAACUCACAAAUAAUGACUUACUCUUUAUAUGUAAAAGCUUAUUUCCGCGAAUAAAAGACAUCAUCUUGAAAAAAAUAAUAGAGUUUAAUACUCGAAUAAAUGAAGAUAUAAUGAUUAAAUGUUUAUAUGGCCGAAGUGGUGCCCCAUGGGAAUUCAACUUACGAGAUGUAUUACGUUGGCUUGAAUUACUUAGUAAAGAUUAUAGCCUUGGCUUUUAUUCUUCUCCUGCGGAAUAUUUAGAUCUCAUCUAUCUUCAGAGGAUGAGAAAUGAACAAGAUAGAGAUUGUAUUAUUUCAGUGUUCAAUGAAAUUUUUGGCCUGAAUUAUCAGCAACAAAAACAUCCAUAUUACCAUAUUGAUCCUAAAUUUAUUCAAGUAGGACAUUCACUUCUGGAUCGUAAAGAUUCUUAUAUAAGUCAUUCUUUGACGAAUAAGCUGCAUGUUUUACAAUCUCAACUACAUCCAUUGCAAUCACUGAUGAAAUGUGUUGAAAUGAAUUGGAUGGUCAUAUUAACCGGUCCUGAAGCGUCUGGAAAAACUAAUUUAGUAAGGUUACUUUCAAACCUUACUGGGAAUCCACUUGAAGAAUUCAUGAUGAAUAAUUCUGUAGAUACUAUCGAAUUAUUAGGAGGAUUUGAACAAUUUGACUUAUCUAGACAUCGUCAAAUAGUAAUUAAUGAUCUAUUAAAUUUGACUAAUGAGGUUACUAAAGCUAUACUUCUGAUAACACAUAUUCCAUUAUCGAAUUCUGAUUAUCAACCUGAUAAGGUUGUGCAAACCUUGAUGCAGCUUAAUCAUGUAUUAUUUACCUUAAAAAAUUAUUUCAAAUUUAAUAUGCGGUUGGAUUAUUCAAUAGUUGAUUCUUUAUUGUCAAUACUUGAACAAACCAUUUCAAGUUAUGGUUUGGCUUUAACAGUUCAAUGGAAUGCAAUCUUUGAUAAAGUUUCUAGCCUAAAGAUUAAGGAAAAUGAGCCCGUUUCGGGUCUUUUUGAAUGGGUUGAUGGCAUAAUCAUUAAAGCAUUGCAAAAUGGUCAUUGGUUACUAAUUGAUAAUGCUAAUCUCUGCAAUCCGUCUGUCCUUGAUAGACUUAAUUCUUUACUUGAACCAAAUGGUGUCUUAAUGGUAAAUGAGCAUAGUAUGAUUGAUGGCGAAAUCAGGAUGAUUCGCCCUCACAAAAAUUUUAGGCUUUUCAUGACCCUUAAUCCAAAAAAUGGAGAAUUGUCACGCGCAAUGCGAAACCGUGGUGUAGAAAUUGCAUUAUUAAAUACUGAAUUGAUUGAAAAUCGGCAAGAUAUGACAAAGCUUGCCAAUAGUUACGGGCUUUGGCACCCUUAUUUUCCUGUUGCUAUGGAAAAUUUUAUAAGCGAAAUUAAUCUUAUAUCAUCGUCUAAUAAAUUUCAACCAACUCUAAGAUGGUAUAUCAUGAUUGUGAAAAUGGUAAAUGAAAGAAUUCAGCGUGGUGAUAACUUCUUGCAAGCUUUAAUUUUAUCGUUGCAACAAGCUUGUUAUUGCAUUGACAAUUAUAACUUUGAGGUAUAUUUCCAAGAUCUUAUGAAAGCUUACGAAUUCGAUAAGAUUAAUCCUUCAUCCAACGGGUUAUUACAUUCUAAUUGUCCACUUAUUGUUGAUGGUGACUUAUACAAGAAUGAGUCAAUGUUAGCCAAUGUUUGUUUGCAAGCUUCUUAUUUCUUACAUAUCGUGCUCAAAUGUGGGCAUGUUUCGAAAUCACACAUAUCAAAUUCAUUACUUGUGGCUAGUGAAUGUUUUAUUGAGAUGACUUCUUUAGAAGAUUUUCCUAUACGACAAUAUUGGAUUAAUUUUAUUUCCUCUGCGAUACAAUCUUCGUAUUUGUUAGUCAGUAACAAGCAAAAUUCUUUGGAUUAUGCUCAAUUUCUGCUAAAUAAAAUUAUAAAUCACUCACUUGCUAUUCAACUUGCUGAUAUUAAAAGCCGAAUAGCUUGUGAAAUCGGUUUCGAUGUGUCCUAUAUGUCAUAUCAGCCUCUCGAUAUUACAAGAAAUAUUCCUUUAAUUAAUUCACUUGAUGUAUACACAUCCAACCUUUGUGACAACUUGAAAACUGGUCCAGUUUAUAUGUUGUGGAAAGAAUAUUCUUCAAAGAUUAAAGCAUUUUCUUUGUUAAAACACAUUCUGAGGGAUGAAUAUGUUGAAAAUAUGGCUUGUGAACAAGCCAUGCAGCAAAAAGUCUCAAAUAUGACUUUGGCUCAACAGUCAUACUGUUAUAAUCAGGGUAGAAUUUCUGAGAGCCAGCUAAGUAAUAAAAUUAUUGGGAUUAUAUAUCCCUUUUUGGAAAGGUCAAGACAAUGUAUCCUUUCUUGUAUCAAUAAAGAGUUAAAUGUUGAUGAGUCGUCUUUGUUAUUUGAUUUUAUAACUCAACGAAGAUUUUUAUGGGAACGUUUACAGCAGUCAUCUCUUGACAUUGGAGAGCUGUUUACAUGCACCAAAAUGCUUGAUGAAAUAACAGUUUUGUUAUAUGAUAAACACCAAGAAAUUAUGUGUCCUCUACGUGAUAUUUUGAGUACCAUGGCCGAAGCCACAGCUUUGACAACCGGAUUAUUUAUGGACAUAUUAUGGAAACAUUUUCAUCAUAUAUCUCUUAGAAAUAUGGAUCUUUUUCUACUUGAACAAGAAUUAUAUUCAACUCAAAAUGAAUUGAAUAAAUAUGAUACAAAUCAAGAUGGUGAAGAUAGCAUAAAAAUGAUGCUUAUUGAUGCUGCCGCCACAUUAUACUUCCUUGACGAAAACACAGAUGCUGACUCUAAUAAAUUAUUUGAUUCAAUAAAGAAGAUUCCUGAGCACAUUCGAACAAAGCUUAAUACUUCUCAUUUAAAGAGUAUUGAUUGCGAUGUUAGACUUUUCUUGCAAGAUCCUAACGAGCCAUUCAAUUGCAUAAUGGACUAUUGGAGCGUUAUUUACGAGAUGCAAAUUAUCAGUCAACUUCAAUUUAUUGCUGCGCAAGAAUUUAAAUCUACAGAUGUUGAAUAUAGCACAAUCCUUUACCAAAUAUCUGAAUUUCGUGAUUGGAUGCUGAUAAAUUCAACAAGAAAACCGCUAGACUUUAUUCCACAUCAACGAAUUCUGUGGAUAUACGAAAAUGACGUCAAUGUUCCCAAGGAUAAAGCUAAAUUCCAAUUGAACAAUAUUAUUCAGGAUAUGUUAUAUGGAUGGCACAAUAAAUUAUGGAAUAACAGCUUUAACAAUCAUACUGAAGGCUCUGCUAGGUUAUUUCAAAGCGUUUUUAGCGAAUAUUAUUUUAAAUUCACUUGUAAGAUACAAUCUGUAUCUAUCGGUUCAUUCAAUUCUGCAUUAACUUGUCUUGAAAAUUUUGAAAAACAAAUGGGAAAUAAAUUAUUCAUUAAAAUAAAUAGAAUGAGUUCUGAUAUUGCAUGUCUUAUGCAGCACCUUAAGCAGAUUUUCCUUCCAUUUGGCCAUUUUUUUUCGUCAGAGUCUUGGAGUGAAAUAUGUCGCAACUUUGAACUUAUUCUUAAUGCAACUAGAUGUUCCCCGGUUCUCCAGGCGAAUGACAUUAUUUUUAAUUCACUUUUUGCUCUGGCUGAUGCGUUGAAGACAACACAAGAUUCGUUUCUUCGUCUUGCAUUAGAUCAAUGGUUUAUUCCAGCAGUUAAUUCCAUUUCAACCAUUUUCCAAAAAGAGUAUACAUAUUAUGAGUUGUUGGUAAAAAUCGGACGCGCGUGGGUCUUCCUCGCAUUAGGUUUUAUUACAUUAUAUGUUCCAAAUUAUCCUUUUGAUCCGACGGUGAAAGCUUCUUUUAUAUGUAAACAACUGCAAUUUAAGCAAUCCCAAUUGGAAGUUGAAAUCAAUGUCCGUGCUGACGUUGAACAGUAUAUAACCGGCGAGUCUACAAAUAAUACUAUUAAGAAUUUGAAGCAAAAUUUAAACGAAGUUAGAUCACUUUUGAAGCGUAAAUCCGUCGAGUUGGCAUUGCGUCCAGAAGUUUCUCAAAUUAACGAACUCUUCAGACAUGUACAUUACAUUUGUAAUAAUGUUAUAGAUGUAACACAUGUUUUAACACUUCUUGACGAUCUGGAAAAAGGAAGCGAUUUAUCCGUUCUUGAGCGUGAAAUUUUAUUACAAGAGAAAACUUUGCAAUUUAUUCAACGAAUAAAUCAAAAUUACCCACUCUAUCAUGAUUUACUUCAGCCAAUUUGUAUUUCUAUCUUUCAAUUAAAACAUGGCGUUAGGCUGGUUGCUUCAUCUUCCAAAAGUCUGAGCCUUUCACACGACUUUACAAUAUUUAAUGUACUGAAAUGUCUUUUAUCAAUUACCAAGUUGGGGUAUCCAUUAGAGUGUAUCGAGUUACUUGCUGCACCUGAAUCCUUGAAACAAAUUAAAAAAAUGAUUUUUUCGGCAGAAUCUGUUAUUGAUCGAUGGGAUAAGUAUUUGGAAUAUAUGGUCGUCAUUCUUCGAUGUUUGUAUUGUCACAUAUCAAAGCGUGGUCGCAUAAUCUCUAAAGAUUUAGAUAUUACUGACGAACAAUAUGCUGAAAUGGAGUUCAGACAAAUGUUUCCGGAUUUUAGUCAGGAUUUUGAUGAUACAAAAGAUGAUAAUAUGACGGAUGAUUCACAAUCAAAGUUGUCAGAAGUAGUAAUUGUUAAAGAUGAAAUUAUUGUAAAAAUAUGCACGCUAUAUAAAAUUUUUGUCAGUGAUUUUAAUUUAUACCGCACGAAAGGUUUCAAGUGUUGUUCAAAAGUAAUUCAGCAGACAUUCUGGGCAUCUUUUAGCAUGGCACGGGAUCUUGCUGCACUUGAUAGCAGAUUAUAUCCCGAAGAACUUGAUGAUGCAUUUGCAACAUGUAAAUUAUUAGGCACAUCGAUAUUAAAAAAUUGGCUUAUAGGAGAGGAUGAAGUCAUAAAUACAUCUAAUUCAAUUAAUCCAGCUCUAGAAAUGUAUGACUUUUACAAAGAUCAUAACAUCUUUGAGGCAAAAAAAUUAAUUCCUGUGAUCACAAAUUUACUGCAACGCAUUAUGGAAUUGAUUACAAUAUGGCCUGAACACGCAGUACUUCACCAAAUUAAUAACAUUUGCGAGAGGAUUAAAGGAUUCAAUUUAAAUUCACCUAUUGCAAAACUCCUUACAGGGUUAGAAAUUUUAUUACAAAAAACAGAUGAUUGGGAAGCGUAUGCUGGUAGAGAUACAUCAAUUAAGUCACAUCAGAAAGAGAUUAUUGAGCUUAUUAUUCAAUGGAGACAACUUGAAUUGAAUUGUUGGCCAAAGUUAUUGGCAGUGCAAGAUAAAUAUUAUGAAUUAUCCGCAUCUAAAUGGUGGUUCCACCUUUUUAAUUGUAUAAUUCUACCCAUACAUGAUCUUAGUAAACAAUCAUAUGUUUACGAUAAAACAACUGCAAUCUUCCAACAGCACAUAAAUGGAAUUGUUUGCACUCUUGAUCAAUUCUUACAAUCGUCAAAAUAUGGUGACUAUAAAUCUCGGCUCGAAUUGAUUCGUUCAUUCUACGAACACCUUUGUACACUUGAUCAUUUUUCAAAAUUUAACUUACAGGAUAAUUCAAGUGAGGAAAUAUAUAAGUCACUUUAUAAGCAAGCGGCUGAUGUUCUUUGGAAUAUCUACAAAUAUUAUUCUCAGUUUCUUUGUGAACUUGACAAUGCAUUAAUUAACAUGCGCAAACCUAUAGAAAAAGACCUUUAUCAAUUCGUAAAGAUUGCUAGUUGGAAAGACAUAAAUAUUUAUGCUUUAAAGCAGAGUGCUCAGAAAACUCAUCGACAUUUAUCUAAAUGUAUUCGAAAAUAUCGAGACGUGCUCGAUAAGCCUGUCACAGAUCUUAUAGCAUCUUGUCAAAUGGAUUCCUCCAAGAGCCAGUUAGGAUGUAACAGUUCCAAUGCUACUGAGUAUUCUGCAUCCGAUUUCCCGGAAAAUUGGUUUUCGAAUACUAAUCCUAUUGAUCCUCCCGCAACGACAUUAGAACUACAAAUAGCAUUGAGCAAAGAAGUAUUACCUGCUCCUGACCGAUUCAUUAACAUAGCAAAUCCUCUGCAAAACCUAAUCCUUUUUGCACUUCUUGAAAUGAAAGAUCCUUAG